CGCGUGCACGGCACGUUCCCGAAAUUUUCAUGUUGCGUACUAUUGACGUGUUUAUUUAAUUAUUAAAUGUGAAAUGUGAGAGAAAAUUGCCUCUACAUAACGGUAAAAGGAAAAAUUGUGAUAUGUGAUGAGACGAUUUGGAUUACAUUGAAGAACAUGUUUGUUUUACUGGCAGUUUUCAGUUUAUUUAUAAAAGAGUCCCUUUUACUAAGGAUAGUUCAUGUAACGGUCCCCUCAUAUCGGGUGAGAGGUCAACCCGCCCAACUGGAGUGUAAUUACGAGCUUGGCGACUACAAUCUCUACUCAGUGAAAUGGUACAGAGAUAAUGAAGAGUUUUAUCGAUUCAUGCCGAAAUACGACCCUCCUAAACACGCUUACAAACUCGAAGGAGUCAAAGUGGAUAUAUCAAAAUCGGACGACAGAAAAGUUGCCCUACACCAGGUGACACUCAAAUCAACAGGUUUAUAUCGGUGCGAAGUUUCAGCGGAAGCGCCAAGCUUUGCUUCAGCCGCCGGAGAGGGCAGAAUGGAAGUUAUAUAUUUACCACGAGAGGGUCCGCGGAUAACGGGCAACGAACAAGAAAAUAGACGAGGGGACUCUCUGUUUCUUAACUGCACCUCAGGCCGUUCCUACCCCGCGGCGGUUUUGAGUUGGGAUAUCGAUGGCGAAAAGGUCACAGACCCAAUGCUAUUGGUGGAAUACCCAAUAGCACACCACGCACACGGCCUGCUAUCUUCGGCUCUUGGUUUGAGAGUGCCCGCCGGUCGUACGAUGCAAGUACGAUGUACCGCACGCGUUGCCCCUGCGUGGCGGGAAGGCAGCGAAGCGGUUGUUGGUAACGGCCAACUUGCUGACAGUAAAGAGGCCAUGUUGUUAGUGCGAAGUUCGAGUACAACAUCUACAUUAAGUGUAAUUUUAUUAACACUUUCUGUUCAUCGAGUUCUUAGUUCUUUGUUGCAAUCGAGAUCGUGAUAAAUUGUCUCUGUUCUACUUUUUAAAGGCAUCGUUACUCUGGACUAUCCUUCGCUUGGAAGGCGAUCGCUUUAGUACGUUUAUAGUUAUAUUACUUUAGGGCAUUCUUAAAAGUGCCAUGUUAAAGUAUUAUUCAGAUUAUCUUAUUAAGUGAACCUCAUUUUUAU